CAAAGGCUGGGGCUCAGCGACUCUGUCUAUCAUUUGCAGCAUAUCAACAAUGAGCACAUUCAUGGAGAGAGGAAGGAGUUUGUCUGCCAUUGGCAAGAGUGUUCGAGGGAGCAGAGACCGUUUAAGGCCCAGUACAUGCUUGUGGUUCACAUGAGGCGGCACACGGGAGAGAAGCCACAUAAAUGUACUUUUGAAAGUUGCAGCAAAGCUUACUCCAGGCUAGAGAACUUGAAAACCCACCUGCGGUCUCACACUGGAGAGAAACCGUACAUCUGUGAGCAUGAAGGCUGCAAUAAGGCGUUCUCGAAUGCUUCCGAUCGUGCCAAGCACCAAAACAGGACCCAUUCCAAUGAGAAACCGUAUAUCUGUAAGAUUCCAUACUGCACCAAACGAUACACUGACCCCAGCUCACUCCGGAAGCAUGUGAAGACUGUACAUGGACCUGAGGCACACAUAACUAAGAAGCAGCGUGGGGACAUCAACGCCAGGCCAUCCGCAGCGCAAGACGGAGCGAGACCACUGCCAGGACAGGAUGGAGAUGCUCCCCAUGAUGAAGGCAGCUACGCUGCCAAUAAAGACUUCCUGCAGCACACAUUCAUGGUGCCCGACACGACCAUG